AUGUCCCUGACGCGUCAAAUCUUCCGCUUUGCCAUCCCUCGCAAGCGGCCAGCACAGAUUAACAACGGCUGGCAAUUUCCGAUGAAAUACCGCCACGAAAUGUUGGUACCAGCUAACCUCAAGCGCAAGGCCACUGACGAUCUCCAAUACCCUUCUGGACGGCCAUCGCGUCGAGCCGCUGUCGAGUCUGGCGCUCGCUUUGGGCCGCAAUCGACUGUUAGAGGGCCCGUUGAGCCUAAAUCAAUUGAUGCAAUCUUACGCCACCACAGCCGAGACCGCCUAUUUGUCCCUCCGGUAGCCUGGACCUCGCUGCAGCUGCGGCUCUUAAACUGCCGGUUCGCUCUGCAAAAGACAGGCAAAUUGGAGCACGCACAGUCGCAAGUUGUCGUAUCGGAUCCGCCCGUUGACAAUUCUCGCGAACGAAAUACGCCUUCUGACCUUUGUCGCGCGAUGGCCCAGUUUGGAGGGCGAAGGAUGUCGGAGGUCAAGAAAUCGGCCAUUAAAGACAUACUGCACGCUUAUGAUAUCUGGCCUAUUAGGUAG